AUGCCUAAAUGGAAGAAAGGCUGGGCUGUCCAGUUCGAAGGCUUCGAAUUUGCUGCCCGCUUGAAGGCAUAUGCUGCUGCGCGAACGCCAAUUGACGCUAUUCGGGACCUCAAUCAAUCGAACCAAUCGACUAGUCUAUUCACGAAAUUGCCAAAGGAUGUGAUCCUCAUGAUAGUAGAAGAGCUAAUCGAGCUUGAGUAUGAGAUGAAUACGCCUCACUGGAAUUCGAUGGAGAAUUGCUCUAGCCGCUCUUGUCUCAACACGGAUGAAUUAGCCCAUUCAUCACCACUUCGCAACAGCGCAUUUAAGAAAUUGGAUGAACUGCGGAAUCUUGAAGGCGAUUCAGAGUUAGACCUUGAAUUUGUCAACCAGCUUGAUACACAGAGGGACAAAAUGCUGGCAAUCGAUAAAAAGCUACAUUACCAGCGAUUGAUGUUAUUCGCCUCCGGGGUGGAAGAACUCAAGGUAGAAUGUGAUAAAUGGCUUUGGGAUGACACACAUGAAUCCAGACUCGAACAGCGUCAUGUAAAGAUCUAUCCUCUUAUUCGAUACGCCAAACAUUAUCUCCACGCUUCCAACGACCCGCAAGCUAGGGAAGACUAUCACUCAUUCGGGAAUGAACGCAAUCAUCUGUAUUCGCUAGAUAUCGAAGGGUAUCUUUUCGUAUCUUCACCUUUGACCAGUCUCAACCAUGUCCAUAUAUCCUGGCCAUUUCGAGAUAAUUCCGAUUUUGGGAGCUGCUCGCCAAUCCAAGACGGGGAGCGACAAACCCUAGCGGAGGCGAUGAGACUCCUUAAGUUGCAGCUCAAGAUCAAUCCAUCCGGAUCUAAUGAUGAAGAUACUUUGCAAGGGUUGGAAGAUGUGGAGACUGUGCAGACAGACGGGCGAAACAACCAGGAGAGAUUCAAUAUUGAGCCGAAAUAUAUGAUUUUUGAUCAAGAAUGGACGUAA